GAGUGCGCACGCCCACGCUCCACCUGAACCGCGGGCCGCAGGAGCAGAGGCGCACGGGGCACGAGACGCCGAGCUCGUCGAGCGUCACCCCGCUCGACCCGCGGCUGUUGUACACGCCGGGCACCACCGGCCAGCGCAUCGCCUGGGACGAGCUCAGCCAGUACCUGUGCGGCCAGAGCUGCUGGGACGAGUCCGGCCGGCGCGGAGCCAGGUGGUGGCGACCGGAGGGCGAGGUCCCCCCGAUCCUGGACGACAGGCAGGCUGCGGCUCUGGCCGCGGUGAACAGCACCUGCACCCCCUCGCGCAGCGCCUUGGUCCCGCCCGCCGCCGUCCGGGGCGUCGCGCCCCAUGGCGGCCGUGCCAAGCUCGAGGCCCUCGAGACAGUCGAUGGUGGCACUCGCCUGGGCCGCGCGGCUGGUGAUCCUGUUCGGCAUUGCUGUGCUCACCUGCGCGUCGACGGUGAGUGGCGAAGCCUUUAG